CAAUUUUGAAUGAUGCAGAGCUUGGACGACGAUUACGACGACUUCUUCAACCCAGCGUUGUUCCUGAAUGAAAACUACACCAAGACGGAAUACGACUUCGGUGACAUCAAGCAGAGUUUGCUAAGCUCGAGAGCUGCGUCAACCGACCACGACCUGACAGGACAAGUUGUCUGGCCUGUAUCCAUUCUGCUGUCAUGGUUCGUCGCAGCGAACCGAGCACUAUUCCAAGACAAGGUUGUGCUUGAGCUUGGAGCGGGUGCAGGGUUGGCCGGCUUUGUAGCGUCUCAAUUUGCGUCGCGCACGGCCAUCACCGACGGCAACGACGUGGUCCUGCGACUGCUCGACCAGAAUGCCGACCAAGCAUCCACCCCAUGUGGAGUGUUCAAACUGCUAUGGGGCGAAGAAGACAGCGUCGUGCAGUUUCAAAAAGACUUUCCGCAUCCCAUUGACGUCUUGCUCGGGGCUGACGUCGUGUGCUGGCCAAACUUGGUCCUGCCUCUGCUUCGUACGAUCAAGCACUUGAUGCACCAAUCGGAACGGCCAUUCGACGUGGUGUUUUACUGUGGCUUUGUGUGCCGGGCGCAGAGCACUCAGGAUCUGUUCUUUGCACAAGCCAAAGGAAUGGGGUUCAAGCUGUGGAGUGUCCCCCAUGGCGACUUUCUACCCACCCCUCGACCGGUCAACGUGACGUCUACACUUGAACUCAACUUGUUGGGAUUAUCUCUGGAUCGUUCCGCCCCGCAAGCCACCGAAAAAGUCGAAUUUAUCGACAACCUCCAGGACCUGCAAACGGCAUGCUAACUCAACAUAACGAUACGAGUGACGACCUCUGCUCGUGAUUGAUUGCUUCGUGUAACGACCGAUCCCCUCUACUUUGAGGAAGAGACUGUUAUGUGAUGGUUUUAUCAAACAAAAACUAAUUUCGUAGUGAGAGAGUAUUAACUUUAAUU